AUGAUUCACGAAGUGGAAGAAGACGAAAUUGAUCAAGCUAAGAAAGAAAAACGAGCACUACCUCCACUUCGAAUGAUUUUUGACAUUGACCAUCGAAUUCAUGAUCGACGACUCUACAAUCUCCCAACAGUAAAUGAAGUCGCUGCAAUCUUUGUUGGUCAAGAUAAUGAAGUUCCAACGCAUCAAAAUAUUACUAUUCAUCCACGUGACAAAGAUCUUCAAACUAUUUCAAUCUUACACCUUCACUGUGAUCCAAUGUUUUAUCCACUAUUAUUUCCACGUGGAGAUGAAGGAUGGCAUCGGGACUUAGAAAAAACUGAUCGAUCACGAAAUUGGACAAGAGUAUCAAUGCUCCAAUUUUACAGUUAUCGAUUGGCUAUUCGUCAAACCUUCAGUGCUAAUCAUUAUGCAGGAAAAUUAUUUCAACAAUAUAUUGUCGAUGCCUAUGUUAAAAAUGAACAAUGUCGCAUUGCAUUUCACUGA